CUCAUCCCAAAAGACGCCACCGUUAUCAUUCCCUCAUACGCGAUCCAUCGACCAGAGCAAAUGAAGUACACAAACCCGGAUACGUUCGACCCAAGUCGCUACAUCAACCACCCACGCUUGGCAAGUGACUAUGCAGGCAGUCCCGACUUCAACAACCGAGACCACUACGGCUAUGGUGCAGGUCGUCGUAUCUGCCCCGGUAUGCACCUCGCAGAGCGAACGCAGUGGCGAGCUAUUGCCAAGAUCCUCUGGGCAUUUGAUAUAGAGCUUGCCGUCAAUCCAGCGACGGGGCAGAAAAUUGUACCUGAUCCGGAGGCUUUCAAGGAAGGAAUUGCGCAUAGGCCUAAGCCGUUCAAG